AAGGAUUGAUACCAUAUAUUUUAAAAUCACUUGUGGAUCUGAGAAACCAAGCAAAAGCAGAUAAAGAAAUUAAUAAAAAUGAUGAUUUUAAAUAUAAUUAUUAUGAGGCAUUACAAAUAGCAUUAAAAAAAUUUGCAAAUUCUAUUUAUGGACAAUUUGGAAAUAAUCAGUCUAUUCUUAACAACUAUAUGAUAUCGGCAUCGGUUACUGCAUUUGGAAGAGAGUACUUGGUUAAAGUAUCGGAUUUUGCAGAAUCUCAAAUUGAUAAAGAACUUAAUAUUUCAGAAUUUAUUUGGGAAUAUUCAGAUACUGAUUCAAUAUUUAUAUCAAGAAAUCUACAUUUUAUAAAUCAGACAAUUC